AUGGCCAAAACCUUCCACAAAUUCUCUUAUUUGCCUUUCGAGCUUCGGGAUUCCGUCUGGAUGGAAUUCCUUGGCGAGCAGCCCCGUCAGUUGUAUGAAUUUUCGUUGGCUCCCGAACCUCCAGCCCUCUGGCAUCGCGUCGGCAUGCUGUAUAUUAACCCCGCCGAAUCCCGCAGACUGGCCCAUCGCAUCUUUCCCGACACAAUCGAAUUUUAUCUCCCCGACCCGGACCAGGUCUCACCCGCCCCAUCCUCAGACGUGAGGCCCACCCCUUCCUCGUCGGUUCUCCGUUACAAUGCCUUGAGGGACGUCAUCUCGGUUGCCGCUGAGCUUUCAGAUAGGCAAAUGUUUAUCGACGCUCAUCUCAGCGGUGACCCAAGGACCCCUACCUAUCAUGGGAUCAGGCAUCUUGGUAUUUCGGCCAUGUCAUUUUUCGAGUACCGGGCCGUCUUUAAUCAACUCCACGCGGACAUCGAAGUAUCGGGCCCCAGAAGCAUACCUGGCCUCGGAUCAAGGGACUUGGAACCCCAGAGCAUCACUUUGGUACCAUGCGGUGGGAAUGGUUUGCGAUCCGCGACGAGGAUCCAGAGUGCCCGUUUCUCCUACCGGCCGAGGUGGAAUGUCAACGUUUCAACUGGCCUAGGUUUCGAUUCCCGUAUUAUCCUCAACUAUCUGGUCUCCAGGUCAAAUUCCUCCAGCCUCUUCCAGUUUGGCGGGGGCAGGGACCAGAAGAAGAUUAUUUGGGUGAAGUAG